GAGUAACACGGAUGAUGCAAUGUGGGCUGGACCAGUCAGAACGCAACAGUCGGUUAACUGAGCACGUUGCAGCUGCUCUCCUCCACUUCUCACCGACCGUCUAACGACAAAUACGUCUCCGGAAUAACGUGUAUUUGUCUCACAAAACCCACUCUUUUCUUCUCUACCUGUUGGACUGAACGGCAUUCAUUAUGUCUAAAGGUACAGUGGUUCUGGCCUACAGCGGUGGACUGGACACAUCCUGUAUUCUGGUUUGGCUGAAGGAUCAAGGCUACGAUGUGAUCGCAUUUUUGGCCAACAUUGGGCAAGAUGAAGAUUUUGAAGCUGCCCGGAAAAAGGCAGAAAAACUCGGUGCAAAGAAGGUUUUCAUUGAAGACCUGUGUUCAGAGUUUGUGGAGGACUUCAUUUGGCCCGCAGUUCAGGCCAAUGCCAUCUAUGAGGACCGAUACCUACUGGGCACAUCGGUAGCACGGCCCUGCAUCGCCCGCCGUCAGGUCGAGAUUGCACGCAGGGAGGGCGCCCAGUUUGUUUCCCAUGGUGCCACAGGAAAGGGUAAUGACCAGAUACGUUUUGAGCUCACCUGCUACGCCCUCUACCCCGAAGUUAAGAUCAUUGCGCCGUGGAGGAUCCCGGAGUUCUACAACCGCUUCAAGGGGAGAAUAGACCUGAUGGAAUAUGCAGAGAAAAAUGGCAUCCCUGUGCCCGUCAAUCCUAAGGCACCCUGGAGCAUGGACGCCAACCUCAUGCAUAUAAGUUAUGAGUCUGGCAUUCUGGAGAAUCCCAAGAGCCAUGCUCCGGCUGACCUGUACCUGAUGACCAAGAACCCAGAAGAUUCUCCCAAUUCCCCCGAUGUACUGGUGAUAGAGUUCAGAAACGGAGUACCUGUAAAGGUGACCAAUGAGAAGGAAGGCAAAUCCAAGGACUCUCCACUGGAUAUCUUCAUGUACCUCAAUGAGAUUGGUGGAAAGCACGGCGUGGGCCGGAUUGACAUCGUAGAGAACCGUUUCAUUGGCAUGAAGUCCCGAGGGAUUUAUGAAACGCCAGGAGGCACAAUUCUGUUGCAGGCCCAUUUAGACAUUGAGACCUUUACCAUGGACAAAGAAGUGCGUCGGAUCAAACAGGGACUGGGGAUCAAAUUCUCUGAAUUCAUCUACAACGGUUUCUGGUACAGUCCGGAGUGCGAGUUUUUGCGAUAUUGCAUUGAAAAGUCCCAGGCGAACGUGGAGGGCAAAGUACAGCUGUCUGUCUUCAAGGGUCAGGUCUACAUCCUGGGACGAGAGUCACCCAAGUCCCUUUACAAUGAAGAGUUGGUCAGCAUGGACGUGCAAGGAGACUACGACCCAUGUGAUGCCACAGGAUUCAUCAAAAUUAAUGCUGUCAGGUUGAGGGAACACCAUCGUUUGCAGGGCUUCUCCAGCGCCAAGAAGUAAUUGUCGCAGCCCAGUAAACCAUCUCUCUUCCCUCUGCUCUCCGCCGUCUUAAGCAGUAGUAGGUUUAGAGUUUGUGCCUUUUUGCCUUAUUGUCGACUGUUAGUUAUAUUCAGAGUAUCUGGCACACUAGACUCUGUACUGUAAAACCGUAAUGUCUCUUCAGUGGGGGAAGAAAGGUGUAGAAAUGUAAUAACAUGAUAGGUACAUAGUUACAGAUGAUCAUUAGCUUUGUUUGUGGGUGAGCAUGUAGUAUGUAUUUUUAUUUAAUUUUUUCUUCUGCAAUACAAAUAUUUGAACUAGGAUCUUUGUUUCAGAAAUAAAAUGGAGUGAAUUGUG